UUCUCGGCCUUUUGGCUAAGAUCAAGUGUAGUAUCUGUUCUUAUCAGUUUAAUAUCUGAUAUGUGGGCCAUCGGCUCACACGAUAUUAACUCUAUUUUUUAAGGGAGAAAGCCCACCAAGAUAGCUUGCUAUCUGGGCUUUCGUGAGUCGCCCAUGCGUUGCACUACAGCACGGGCCUGGCUCAUCCCGCCAAUCGUAUAGUCCAACAUUUAGAUUCAUAUCCUAAGCGAAUUCUUCUGAUGUGAAAUGCGAGUUGGGCUAAUAGGCCGAAAAAGAUUUCUUAAAAUGGUGUUAUUGGGCCUGUUCCUUGCAAAGUAAAUCGCGAUUGCUGAUGACGUCUCUUAUCGUUUGUUUCCCAAAGCCCAUCGCCGGUUUCUCGCCGGGGUUGGGAGUUGACACUUGGAAUCUCCGGUCUUUAUCUCAAGUUCCAUAUUCUUCAGGAGAUGGCUUUCGAUUCCCGCGUCGGUUGGCUCGAGGAACAAGGAUUCUCAAGUGUUCUGGUUCUCAUUCGAGCUCUCACUCCUGGAAUGUUCCUGUUCUAUCUAACAAUGAGGUUGUUGAGAAGCUAAAACUAGCAAGAGAAGGACGAGAGUUCUUGGCCAUGUACUCAAGUGUUGUUGGCGGAAUAACAACCGAUCCAGCAGCAAUGGUUAUUCCAUUGGAUGAUCACAUGGUUCACCGUGGUCAUGGAGUCUUUGACACAGCCAUGAUCAUUAAUGGAUAUCUUUAUGAACUGGAUCACCACCUUGACCGUAUCAUACGUUCUGCAUCCAUGGCUAAGAUCCCACUUCGAUUCGACCGAGAAACUAUCAGAAGGAUUCUCAUCCAAACCGUGAGCGUUUCUGGGUGUAGAGAUGGGUCUCUAAGAUACUGGCUCUCUGCAGGCCCAGGGGAUUUCAACCUUUCUCCAUCUCAGUGUCUCGAACCAGCUCUUUACGCCAUUGUGAUCCAAAAGGACUUCACUAUUAACUCAACAGGUGUCAAGGUAGUGACCUCGUCGAUCCCCAUAAAGCCUUCAGUGUUUGCUACAGUUAAAAGCGUUAACUACCUCCCUAAUGCGCUCUCACAAAUGGAGGCUGAAGCCAAGGGAGCUUAUGCGGGUAUUUGGGUUGAUAAUGAUGGGUUUAUCGCAGAAGGUCCAAACAUGAAUGUGGCGUUCGUUGUUAACGGUGGUAAGGAGCUUGUGAUGCCAAGGUUUGAUAAUGUUUUGAGCGGAUGUACGGCAAAGAGAACUCUUACGCUCGCUGAGCAGCUUGUAAGCAAAGGGAUGCUUAAAAGUGUGAAAGUGAUGGAUGUGACAGUCCAAGAUGGAAAGAAAGCGGAUGAGAUGAUGCUUCUUGGGAGUGGAGUUCUCAUCCGACCUGUGAUUCAAUGGGAUGAACAAUUUAUUGGUGAUGGGAAAGAAGGGCCUAUAGCCAAGGCGCUACUGGAUCUGUUGCUGGAAGACAUGAGAUCUGGUCCACCUUCUGUUCGUGUGCUUGUUCCUUACUGAGCCAAACCAUUCUCUUUGUAUCAUAAAGUUCAAGUAUCUACCGUUGUUAAUCACAUCCUUUGAUUCUACU